AUGUAUGGAGACUUGGGCAACAAGCUGGUCCAACAUGCCAAACGAACGCAGAACUUGGCACAUCUACCACCUUACCAGACCGAGAUCGUCCGCGCCGUGACACGCGAAGUGAGGGACCUCGACAAAGAUGUGGGAGAACUUCUCGAGCCUUUCCAAGGUUCAUUCGACCCCAGCGCCGACCAGGCAAUUGCCUAUACAAUUCUCGUGAACCAUCUAUCUAUGCGAAGGAACAAAAGGUGUUUACUUGCCUACCACCGGACACGGACAGACAAGCUAGAGGAGCAGGUAUGGAAUGGAUCAGACGUAGUUGAUUUGUCUGGUCAGCAAGUACGAGAUACGAGCAACUCUGGCACAGGAAGCAGCGGUGCGACGAGCAGUCUGAGCCCGCAAGAGGAGGAGUACGUUCGGCAGUAUAGUGACGUGUUGGCCGCAUACAAAGGUCAAUGGACGGAUAUCGAUCUCACGGGUAGCCUGGAGCCGCCACGAGACUUGUUUAUUGACGUACGAGUCAUCAAGGAUGCUGGAGAGAUCCAAACAGAAUACGGGGCUAUCACUUUGACUAAAAACAGUCAGUUUUACGUUCGCCAAGGAGAUGUCGAAAGACUUAUAACACAAGGAUAUUUGCAUAAGCUUGGUUGA